GACCCCACUUACACCGCCACCAUUUCUAGUUUCUUGUCUAUAAAUAAAGAACAAGUUUUUCUUCUCUUGAAAAACAUCAUCUAGUGUUUGAUUAGUCUUUCUUAAGCUCUCUUGUGAUCAAUUUACCAAGCUUCAGUUUCGGAGCGUGAGAAGUUCUCUUCCAGCUAUUUACAUGGUUGAUAUCGACGUCCAGAUCCCAUCUGCUUUCGAUCCAUUUGCUGAGGCUAAGGACUCCGGUGCACCUGGAGCCAAGGAGUAUGUUCAUAUUCGCAUACAACAAAGGAAUGGAAAGAAAAGUUUGACGACAGUUCAAGGACUGAGGAAAGAAUUCAGUUACGAAAAAAUCCUCAAAGAUCUGAAGAAGGAAUUCUGUUGCAACGGGAAUGUUGUGCAGGAUAAAGAACUUGGCAAAGUGAUACAACUUCAAGGUGAUCAAAGGAAGAAUGUUUCUCAUUUCCUUGUGACUGCUGGUGUUGUCAAGAAGGAUCAAAUCAAGAUUCAUGGUUUCUAAGUUGUUGGCUAUUUAGAGUUAUUUGAAGCAUAGUAAAAUAUAGCAGUUGUUUGGGUUUGUUGUUAACAAGUGUUGGUUUUUGUUAAUGCCCAUGAUAUCUUGCCAUGGGUUUCUUUCUGAAUUGUGCUGGUUGUACUUUGUUUACAGAUAAUAAUAAAUUUGGUUUUCUAAAGCUAAUUG